AUUCAGCUGUGCUACCCGAGAAACAUGGGAUUUACCAGACACACAACCCUUCUUGUCUUUUUUGACUGAAAUGACCUACCUAAAUCUUUUUGUGCUAAAUGGAAAUAUUAGAGGGGUGAGCGACAUUUCUCGAAAACCGCACAGACCGGAUUCUCAAGUUUUGGAAAGUAGGACAGACUAAAUUCGGGAGGAUAUAUUGCUACAGAGGAACAGAUCCCAUACAGAAUACUGUCAGUGAAGCCCUUACAUGACUCUGUCCUGACAUGUUACUUUCCCACAAGUGUCACCAAGAAAGAUUUAACUGUUUACCAUGUUCACCAUGACAUUCCAGUGCCUCCAGUGUAGCCACUGCCAGAUGAAGAAGAUGGUGAGCUGGGGAUGCUACUUAAAAGAGGUGUGCCUUAUAACUGACUUGUGAACAUUGAAUGUCUCCUGUUAUUAAUAUUUGAAUGGCCAAGAGGAGCAAGACGCUUGCCGGUGGUGACACGCCAAAAUUCACACCUUCGCCAUAGUCAGCUCUCUUGUUGGACGAUGAAGAACGUUUUCUUAAUGUUUUGUCUGUGUGCUGUUACUGUCACAGGGCAAGAUGGAAGCAUCACGUGUGCAGUACCGCCUGUUGAGAUGUUCCAAGACACGGUUCUGACAUGUAACUUUCCAGAAAACCUGAAUGUCACCAAAAGAGAUUUCGGGGUAUACCACAAUCCAACCAAAGACAGAGAUGCUGUUGUAGACUGUUGGUGGCUCAAGGGCAACAUGUCAUGCUAUGCUAAACCCGAUGUCACAUAUGAAGCUAGUGUCAGCAGAAUUUUUUACAUUAUAUUUCACAAUGUGUCUUCAACUGUCGCUGGCACAUACGCUUGUCAAAUGGCUAACUAUGAUGCAAAAUUUAUUACCACCUGCCAGCUGGAAAUUGUGAAUGUCACUACGGAUAUUCAGGAUAGUGGUUUUGCGAUUGGAUUAAUAGCAAUUUUGGCAGCUGGAAUUCUUUCGGUACCUAUACUCAUCUUCUUUAUACUGAGAUACAGCAGGAUUCGACGAACGACUGAUAUCAUUCAAGGGGAUGAACAACAGCUAAUGAUAAAUGAUCUGUACAAUCGAUUGACAAAGAAAUUUCAGGAUAGCCUAUUGGAAAAUGUCCAAAAAAUGUAUCCGAAUAUGCUUGAUGGGUUAUACUUUGUACCUCCUGUCUACUUCAACAAAACUCGAUGUACAACACAGUCUGUGGCCGAUAAAACUAUCUUCGUUCUCGACCCUCCCGACCCGAGGCAGAUGAGACAUGACCGAGCCAUGCAACACGUUGUACACUGCCUGCGCCAGAUGGCAGAACAGGACAAUGAACCAAUGUUUGUCUUGACACAGUUCAAGUAUGAAGACUACCUGAACAGUCCUGGCAGUUGCUUUGCAAAACACAGCUUGCCUACAUUUUCUAGUCUCAAGGGAGAUAAUAAGAACAAGGGGACAGAAUGCUUUGAUGCUCUUUUUAUCCAUCGACAUCAUGGGGUAUUGGUUGGAGUAGUCAAGGCUGUCAAAGACGAUUGUAGUCAUGAUAGUGAGGAGACAAUUGAUGACAUUAUAGUCUCAGAUGUGUCUGAAGCCAUACAGCAGCUAAAGAAGGCAGAUCGUGUAAUACAUCACCUGCUGUCAGAUCUUGCUCCAAUCAGACUUCAACUGGUCCUAAUGGUACCCAACAUUACAUUGUCCACAUUACAACGUGUGAUCACCAAACAUACUAAUGUGGCUCAGGACUUAAAUGAUUGCAUGAGACUGAAACAAACUGAUGACCUCACUCACCUGUGUCUGUGUGCUGAUCACCUAUCAAAUCCCAGUGUCCCAUGGAAUGUCGAUCCUACUGUUGUAAAUCAUCUCAGAGCUUGGUGGGAACGGGUGAUAAGUGUACCUGCAGAUGAACCCAACAUGACCGAUGAGUUCUUUCAAAUAAUAAUAUCAAGAUUCUGUGGUCCUGCUACCCAGUCCGGUCUUAAUUUUCCAAAUGAACUUAAGCACUACAAGUUGCCUCAGACCCUCAGCGAAGCCGUAUCACUGAUCGGUGACUUGUUUGAACAAUACAGCAUCUACCGAGAUAUGAGAAGCUUGCUUGAUGAGCACCGGGUGCUCUUGAAGGGGCCACCCGGCACUGGAAAAACCAGAAUGUUGGCUUUGGUGGGAAAAAAGUGGAUAGCCAGGGGUCACACCGUGUACCUGAUAAACACGUUGGACAAACGUGGUGGAGCUACGAUGGAACUAGAAGGGUUGUUAAAGCAAACAUCUUCAGCACAGUCUCAAGACGAAAGUAAACAAAAGACAAUAAACAUUGUGUUGUGCAACAGAGAUGACGAUAAGAAAUUAGACGAUACCAUUCAGUUGCUAAUUAAUCACGCAAAGGACAAACCUUUGUUUGCAUUGGUUGAUGAGCUGAAUCCUAAGAAAAAGAAAUUAAAACAAGUCAAAAUAUUUCUUCAAACGCUUCAAGAGAAAAUCCCACACCUUCACUUGUGGGUCGCCAGCUGCAGCCGGCACUUCAAAUUGCAUGGUUGGAAAGAAAGGUUUAUUACAAUUCCUGUAAGUUUGCCCCCAGCUGUUGUGCGACAAACGAAACAAAGUUUAUCCAUGGCUGAUGGUAGUGAGUAUACGACUAGCAAGCAUCUACCAUUUACGGACGGCUUACCUGUCAAGAUCUUUUGCCAUUUGGGUCAAGGUCAUAGCCUGAGAGAGCCACGUGACUGUGACGCUUGCGGGAUGGACAUUGCCACAUUUUUACAACGAGACCUUAAUCUUACAGAUAGAGAUCCAGAUAUCACUGCCAUGGAAACAAGACCUGUGACUCAAGAAAGAACAUGGAGUCAUCCUUCUGCCCUUCACUACAGAGAUAUUUUAAUAUUAUUUGAAAGUGAUGUCACAGAGGACACGCCUAUGGUGAAGUCUUUAAUACAAUCCGGAAUUCCAGUAGAGGUCAUUCAUUUUCAGGAUCAGAAGUCGUUUCGCAAGAGUAACAGUGACACUGUGUUAGUUGUCAAAGCAAAUUCUCUCUGCAGACUCAGAAGAAAGGUAGUUGUUUAUGUGGAGGGAACUAUAAAUAGAACGGCUACCUCGGGUGGGUGGAGCAGAUUUCUUGGUAUCACCAGUUGUACGUCACAGCUGGUCAUCCUUCGUUGGCAAUAAGGCUAAACAUCCGCACUGGAACAUUGAGUACUUGAUCUUAUAUUUUACUGUUGUAUAUUUCCGCACACGUAUCACUAUCUCCCAUCCACUGACUGCUACUAAAUGAUCACCAGUCAAGAUGCCCGGCCAUUACCUAUGGUCAGGGGACCUUGCUACUACUAGACGCAAAAAAACUGUCAUUCUACCCAUUGUUUGUACCCAUCUUGGUGCUCCAGUCUUGUAACACCACCGAAUGACAUUCGUUUUAGUACUAUCUUUCUAUCUAUUUGUAGAAAACUUAUUUUUCUUUGACUUUAUGCAUGACACUCAGAAUGUAACUAUAGGUAAUGGUGACAUUGCGAAUAAAAUAGCAGCCUGUCGGAGAUGGGUUUGUAGCUGAAGACGGCUACCACCAUUUUUCGUCAGACAAAGCAGCCCACCACAUGUUUAGUUUACUCCCAACUGUGCCAGUCUGUGUCUUUUGUCAGCUGUCUUCCCUAAGUCUGACCAUUUGACCCCUGCCAGUCCCACAAAGGCCCACCUGUAUAUGGGUGAUUUCAUGCUCCUUGCAACACUGUUAUCAUGUGGGGGCAUCCCUGGUACUGAUCGAUGCUUCUGUGCAUAAUUAAUUUGCAUUUAACUAUUUUGCUGUGUGUAAAUAAAUUUAUAAAUUUAUGUAUAAAUUAACUCUCACAAACUGUAAAUUGCCAUUAUCAUAAAUCACAUAUUAGGUUUGUUUGUAUUAAAAUGAACGUGUAGUGUUUGUUUCAUGAUACUCUAGAUUUGACUGCAUACAUAGAAUACGUUUGGUCCUUUAAUAUGGUGUGUAACAUGUGUUAGGGGAUACUUUCCAAAGAGCAAAAUAAAGUUUGUGUCUGGUCA